ACCGUUCAAUGUUUUUUCCGUUCGGUGGACUUGACAAGUGUUGUUUUGAGUUAAAAUCGUAAUUAUGUGUGCUCUUUUCGCCUGUGAGGACGUCUCCGUGUGGCGAAUUGUGUAUCAACAGUACUGGGACGCAGUGGAGGCCAAAGAAAAAGACAAGAAACGUGGAAAACUGCUCAUCCUCGACAAGUGGUACCAAGAGGAGCUGCCUGCAGUUAUAUCAAGUCGAUCUGACAAAUAUGUCACAAGGUCAGAGCUGAUGAAACUGAUGGAGUGGAAACUCACUAGAGGAAAGUUCAGGCCGCGGCUGCAGCAGCUGGUGGCUUCUAACAGCGAGGACACAGUAGAGAAAUGUUCCAGGAAGGCCUUCUGGCUCCUGCCAGAUGUUUCGGCUGCAAUCACAGAGCUCAGCUCCCUGAAAGGUGUCGGACCGGCCACCGCUUCAGCUGUGUUGGCAGCUGGAGCUCCCGAGGAAGCCGCUUUCAUGUCAGAUGAAGCCAUGGAAAGUGUACCAGGACUAAAACCCAUCCAGUACACGGCUAAACACUACGCUCUCUACCUGGAACAGAUGGUCGAGCGCACUAAACAACUCAACAAAGGGGAUCCCCAGCAGGACUGGACUCCCCACAGGCUGGAGCUGUGUCUGUGGACGUGGGCUGUCGUCACUCAGCUGCAUCUCCCGCUCCUAAAGGAGGUCGACCUAAAAGGCGGCGGCGCCGGCAGUGCAGAGAAGUGCUCAGACCAGAGACCACGAAAGAAACUCAGAACCAGUUAAAAUUACAACUACAAACAUUUCAGCACCAAAUUUGUUUGAAAGAAUGUAUUUUUGUAAUGUUUUUCUAAGUUAAUAAAAUCUUUAUAUGAAA